AUGAUGUUGCUGCGACGACUACUGUACCUUACGGCCCUGUUUUUGAGUGUUGCCUGCGUGUGUCUGGCGUCUGGAGAUGAGGAAAGUACGUGUUCUGAUACCCCGAGUGUAUCUGAUGAUGGUGCUGCUUGUAGUGAUACAGGCAAGAAGGGUUGCAAGUGUGAGAAUAAACCUGACGUAAGUGAACAAGAUCUUCCUGAGUGUGCGGACCCUUCUGAAGAGGAGAAUUGCCCUACCGUCGAUGGUGGUAGUGAAGAAAAUUGCCGUAAAGAUACUAAACCUCCUUGUCGACCAAAAGAACCAGCUCCAACUACACCAAAGGAACCAGCUCCAACUACACCAAAGGAAAAAACUCCCGAAGGCGAUCGCGGUCCUACUGGUCCUGUUGAUGCUGUUGGUGCUGCUGGACCACGUACAGGAGCUGAUAAUGCCGUUGGUGGUCCUGGUGCUGAAGGUACUGGUGUUGCUCUUCCUGCGACUGCUACUGCUGUUUCACCCAGUUCUGUUCCGGAAGCAAGUCAUGCUAAGAAACCUGAUCAAGGCGAAACUGAUCUCGCUGCUUCUCCACCUCGUGAGGAAACUGGUGGCCAGACUGCAGUAGAAGGUCAAGCUGAAAGCACCGAUAACAGUGCAGCAGGUGGAAGUGCAACAAAUGCUGACGGUGCAUCACAACACCCUUCUUCUUCCAACACUACAGUCACAGAGAGUGUUGGUAGCUCUGACACUUCACCUACUGAGAAUGGCAGUACAUCUGCUGGAACUGAGUCAACAAGCACCCAAAGCACUGAUGUGGGAAAUACAGAAACAACCACCACCACCACCACCACCACAACAACAACAACAACAACAACACUUCCACCUGAACUCACAAACAAGAAGGGUGAUGCAGACAGCAGCAGCAGUAUCUGCAGUUCUGUGUGGGUGCGUGUACCACUACUGAUUGUGGUUACACUGGCCUGUAUUCUUGUGUGCUAA